AUGACGGAGAACCACCGCUUCUGGGGAGUGGUCGUCAAACCUGGAGAGACAGUGAAGUGUGACCCAGGAGAUUCAUAUUAUCACAUUUCGACGAUAGCAUUGGAGGCUGGCAAGGCAGAAGAGGAUGUGCAAGUUUUCGUUAAAAUUGACGAUACAAGGAUUAUGCUUGGCACACUUUCAGUUGAUAAUCAUCCUCAUGUCUUAGCUGAUCUGGUGUUCAAAAAGGAGUUUGAGCUGUUGCACUCCUCAAUGACCAGCAACAUCAGCUUUAUGGGCUACAAAUUUGAUAUUAUGAAAAGAUCUCACUCAUGUACUAAACAAGAUGCUGAAUCUGACGAGGAGGUUCCAUUGGCUAUUCCACUAGACUUCAAUACAGACGGUUACAAAAACAAUGAAGCCGCACAUGGUGCCAAUAAUCUUAUUGCACCAAGGCCUGCUGAUGCUCCAUCCUCUAUACCAAUGGCUAAAGUUGAGGGAACAAAUAGUCCUGGAAAGCAAAAGGGAGAUGAUAAGGAUAAGACUGGUAUGCAGAAUUCCAGUGAUGGCGUUGAUAAUGAGAGUUCUGAUCAAGAUGUGGAUUAUCCUCGAAAGAGAACAAAGGACGAUUAUAAUCCAAUGGAAACACCUCUGAAUACACCCCAGGGGAAGAGGGCAAAGAUAGCAACACCAACUACGGGCAACAAAACUGGCUAUGUCCACGUUGCGACCCCUCAUCCGGCAGCAAAACAGGCUCGCAAGUCAGGCGACCAUGUCCACGUUGCGACCCCUCAUCCGGCAGCAAAACAGGCUCGUAAGUCAGGUGACCAUGUCCACGUCGCGACCCCUCAUCCAGCAGCAAAACAGGCUCAUAAGUCAGGUGAACAUGUCCAUGUCGCAACCCCUCAUCCAGCAGCAAAACAGGCUCGUAAGUCAGUUGACCGCGUCCACGUCGCGACCCCUCAUCCGGCAGCAAAACAGGCUCGUAAGUCAGGUGACCACGUCCAUGUCGUGACCCCUCAUCCAGCAGCAAAACAUGCAAGGAAGACACUUGAAAACAAUGAUGACAAGUCUAAGCAAUCCGCUGGCCACGUCUGCAACUCAUGCAACAGGACUUUCAGCUCCUUGAAGGGCCUUGGGGAUCAUUCCAGGGCGAAGCAUGGCGACGCCAAGUAA